AUGGCUUCUACCGCUCAAUCCUUCCGUGAGAUCGUCGGGAUUCCCCGCUCCUCAGCUUCCCCAAAGGACUCAACCCUCAUCAUUAUCGACGCCCAGAACGAAUACGCUACAGGCGCUCUCAAGACCGAAAACGUUACAGAAACCCGCAAAUCCAUUGUCAAACUACUGGAACGUUACCGUCAAGCCGGUAACGGCAAAAACAUCGUGCACGUCGUCCACGAGGUGCCCGAAGGCGCACCCGUCUUCACGCCAAACACUCCCUUGGCACAAGAGUUUGAGGAACUCACCCCUAAAGCGGGCGAGAAAGUAGUCACCAAGAACUUUCCUAGCUCGUUCGCAAAGACCGAUCUGCAUGCCUAUCUGCAAGGUCUAGGCGAUGUAGGAAAGAAAGUCGUGUUGGUUGGCUAUAUGGCGCAUGUCUGUGUCUCCACCACUACCCGAGCGGCUGCUGAGCUUGGAUAUGAUGUGCUCGUCGUGAGGGAUGCAGUUGGUGACAGGGAUAUCCCUGGUGUAAAGGCCGAGGAUCUGGUGUCUGUUGUGUUGAGUGAGCUGGCGGAUGGUUUCGGGACUGUCGUCUCCGAGGAAGAUAUUCGUGCAUAG